AUGGCGACGUCGUUUGGAGCAACAAAAGCAACACCAUCAUCAGCCCCUGUGGUUGACAAUGCCCGCAAAUCCACUUCUUACUUACCGCUCUACCAUCGUCUUUUCUUCAGCCGCUCCCACUCUAAGGUGCCUAAGUUAUGUUUCUCCUCCCAGUCUACUCGGAAAUCUUCUCUCUCAGUAAGAGCUCAAUCAAAUGAGGGUGUUGUGGGUGGAUCCUCAAAAGCUGUAGUCAAUACUCCUGUCAAAUCCGAGGUAUCAGUUGAGCCUUCACAUGCCACUGUGGCCUCAGAAGAAUCGAUAUCUGAGUUUAUUACUCAAGUUACUAGUCUUGUCAAGUUAGUUGAUUCUAAGGAUAUUGUGGAACUAGAGUUAAAACAACUUGACUUUGAACUUUUAAUACAUAAAAAGGAGUCCUUACCUCCACCACCUUCUGCACAUGUUACAACGGUGCAGUCAUACACUCAACCCGCGGUACUGCCUCCAGUCCCAACACCUUCUCCUGUAUCAACUGCAGCACCUUCUCCACCCAAAACUCAAAUAUCAAAUUCAUCUCAUCCACCACUCAAAUGCCCAAUGGCUGGGACUUUCUACCGAAGUCCAGCACCUGGUGAACCACCAUUUGUAAAGGUUGGUGACAAAGUACAGAAGGGGCAGGUUCUUUGCGUCAUCGAGGCCAUGAAAUUGAUGAAUGAAAUAGAAGCUGAUCAGUCAGGAACAAUAAUUGAGAUUCUUGUAGAAGAUGGCAAGCCUGUCAGUGUUGACACCCCUCUCUUUGCGAUUGAACCGUAA